CUUGCCAAGAGACUCCGGCAAUCAGACACUUCUAUUUAUAGUCAUUCCCCAAAACAACUCUUAAUUUCCAUUAAGAGCGGUAAUCAGGAGAUUGGCAAAUACAAUUAAAUCAAACUUUGGUUAUUUCUUCUCUAUAAAUAGACAAAAAUCAAACAAGUGAAAUCAUAGACCAGGGAGCUAGUAUUCUCCAGGAUCGAGAGUAAAGAAGUUAAGGGGAGUCAGCAGUCAUGCUUGGAGGAAAUGGUGAUGUUCAAAAGGCUCACAGUACUGCUGAGAUGCCAUGGUCAACUGGAUUAUUUAGCUGCCAUGAAAACUUGAAAAAUGCUCUACUCACGACGGUGUUGCCAUGCGUAACAUUUGGGCAGAUAGCUGAGAUUGUCGACGAAGGAGAAACAAAUUCUGCUAAGGCUGGUUUCUUCUGUUGUAUGACUGCAAAUAUACCGUGCUGGGGAAAAUUGAAGGGUUGCAAGUACAGGGCGAAAUUGAGGAGAAAAUUUAAUUUGGUUGAGGAACCGUUGGGAGAUUCCCUGUCUCAUGUGCUUUGUCCAUUGUGUUCACUUUGUCAAGAAUUCAGAGAACUCGAAAAUAGAGGACUUGAUCCUUCCCUAGGAUGGGAGGAAGCAAGUAUUGUGGCUCAAAACAAGAUUCCUCCGGUUAACCAAACUAUGUUCAAGUAGUUAGUAUUGGUUGUCGUCAAAAAGAUACAGUUGCUAGUGAAUUUGUGAUAGUGUGAUCUUUUCAUGUACUUUCAUUUCCAAAUUGUGUCCUUUGAAAUCAGUUGUAAUAUUGCUGUCUAAUGUACUUGGUCUUUUAAUUUCU